AUGACACGAGAUCUCAACCACCUUCAAUACUUCUUCGGCCAGGUCGUUGGCGAUCCUUUACACCGGACUCAGUGCCUGUGGGCCAAAUGUGACAAGAUCGUCUCUAAAGCGUCUCGGACGAAUGCCGCCAUUGUGCUGAUGAUUCAACGGCGAAACCCGGCUGAUUCACUGGAGCACGUUGUUCGUUCGGCGACACGAAGAGUUGUAGGCAAAACUGGAAACGACGCACAGCUUGCACCCGGGACUAUCUAG